GUCACGGUAAAAAUCACAAAGAUGCUGCCUCGGUCAGGGCUACGCACCCUAUACCCGCAGCCUGCGGCAUUUAUUACUUUGAAGUGAAGAUCGUCAGUAAAGGUAGAGAUGGCAAGUGGAAGAACUGCAAAAGCAGCAAAUCCUGCCGACAGCAUUCGAAGCAGCCAUCCCUUACUAGGCGGCACUUCAGCGAACUGAACGGGCAGUGGGUUUUGCAUCUCAUCCGGUGUUGCGCUCGCUACAUUGGGCAGGAUUUUGAACCAGGAUAUCAAUCUUACAGCGACACAAUGGAAUUUGCUGCUUGUUUCCCAAGAUCAGAGUUCUCUAUUGUUGUUUUUACUGUAUUCUAUAAUUACAAUUCUCAGGAAUACUUCCAAAGCCAGCCCGACCUCUUCGGCAGCGGCAGAGCCUGCCGCCUGUCCACGGUGGCUCCGCGCGUCCUGUGCAAAGGAGAGCAGAGGGGAUGGAGGCGGCACAGCCCUCGGUGCCAGGACAGCCAGGCCGUUUUGUACAUGGGAAUAGGACUUUCUGCUCAAGGGGUCAACAUGAACAGGCUUCCUGGAUGGGAUAAACAUUCUUAUGGGUACCACGGUGAUGAUGGGCACUCCUUCUGUUCUUCGGGGACAGGACAGCCCUAUGGCCCUACGUUCACCACUGGAGAUGUGAUCGGCUGCUGUGUCAACCUUAUCAACAAUACCUGCUUUUACACGAAAAAUGGCCACAGUUUAGGUAUAGCCUUUACAGACCUCCCUUCAAAUCUCUACCCUACAGUGGGUCUCCAGACUCCAGGAGAGAUAGUUGAUGCCAACUUUGGGCAGCAGCCAUUUGUGUUCGACAUAGAGGACUACAUGAGGGAGUGGCGAGCGAAGAUUCAGAGCACCAUUAAGCGGUUUCCCAUAGGAGACAGACUAGGCGAGUGGCAAGCCAUGCUGCAGAAGUAA